AUAUAUAUAUAUAUAGCCAAAGGACAUGUAUAUGAUGAGGGGUUUACUAGUCGUGGCCUGCCUGGCAGCCAUUGCGCUGCAGGCUAGCGCCAAGCCGCAGCAGGAGAGGCGCGGCGAGCACUACCAGCUGUACCGGCGCCAGCGCAACGAUUACGAUCUGCCCGCCGAGGGUCGCCUCAAUCCCAGCAAGCUGGCAGCUGUGCUGCACGCGGCGCUCGGAAAUGCCAACAAUGGAAGUGGCAAUGGAUCCGAUCUGCCCACAAGCACCAUCACCACCAUUACGCACACUCCAACCACCACUACGGGCACAUCGACGACCAGCACGACUCCGUCGGUGCCCACAACGUCAACGGGCCGCAACUACAACGAUGACAGCGAUGACGACGACUUCGAGGCUGACGACGGGCAGCAGAACUACCAGGCGGCAUUCGAUGACGAUGGCGAUGCCAACGAGGAGGACGAUGCCAACGAUGUGGCCGGAUUUGAGGGUCACGCCGUGUACCAGCGCAACCAGGAGGAUGCACUGGCGCGCCAGCGCAAGCAGUUCAAGCGCAAGCAGCAGAUGCAGAUGCGUCGCCGCCAGCAGCAGGCGAAGCAGCGCCGUCGCCAGAAGCGCCGCCAGCAACAGCAGCGCCUGCGUAGGCGCCAGCAGCAGCAGCGCCGCAAGCGCAACAAUCGUCGCAACAUUCGCUUGAUCCAGCGCUUCCUCCAGGCCAACAGGAACAGGAACAGCAGAGGCAACGGCAACAGGAACAGGCGUAUCGUGCGCAUCCGUACAUAGAAACUCCAAGCUAACAUGACAACGAUCUUUGUGAAAACCAUUCUUGACAUUAUA